AUGAACGGCCAUCCAGAGCUGGAGCCCAGCACAGCACCAUCCUGUGUACCUGGCAGCAGGUGUGUGUGUUUUCUUGUCUUAUACACUUCACUGUCCAUCUCUGAUAAUGUACAUGCUGUACUGACAGGGGGGAUGCAAAGAAGAGGACCAAAGAAGAGACUUACUGUAAUCAGCCAGCAGAUUUUCUUGUGGUUUAAGCGUAGCCAUGACAUGAGCUACAUAAUGAAAAGUUGUUGAAUAUCCUUGAAAUGUACAAAACUGACUGACAUUCAACUGACAUGUUGAAUAUUUGUUGUCUGAACAGCUUUCCAGUUAAUGUGACUGUCUACCUGGUCAGGUAUUGCUGACCCCUCACCUGUCUGUCUGUGUGUCCAGGUACGUCAGCCCAGCAGCUGGAUGCCUCCUUCAGUACCACCGCCUCUCUGGAGAUCUUUGAGCUGGACCUGGCCGAGCCUUCUCUGGACAUGAAGCUCUGCGGCGCAUACUCCUCCUCUCACAGGUAAGGAAACCCUAGCACUAGUCUUAAUGCUAACCCCAUCAGAGGAAUGUUUCUUUCAACAGGAUUCUUUGUAAAUUAUAUUUCUUCAGAGAACUCCAGUAGUAGGUUAAACCCAGGUAGGGCAUAGUAGUACAACUGUAAUGGUUAAACUCAGGUCACUGGAAUGAGCAACAGCAAUCAACAAAUAUUAGUGCAAUACAAGUUCCAAUAAUAAGCAUCAGAGCAGGGAAGUCAGCUGUCAUAAACAACUCCUGGCUAGGUUUUGAAAACAUACGUCUUUGUAGCUCUUCGUCAUAGCUAAGACUGCUCUCAUCUCUCUUCACCAGAUACCACACGCUGGCGUGGGGUCCCCACGGCAUGGAUGCGCAGGGUCUCCUGUCCGGAGUGCUCAUUGCGGGGAGGCGAGAAUGGUGAUGUCAUCUUGUACGACCCGGCCAAGAUUAUUGCUGAAGACAGUGACGUUGUCAUCGCUCAGAGCGACAAACACAGCGGGGGGGUCAGAGUUGAUGUCAACUCCUUCCAGGUAUACCUAACUAACUGCUUUCACUAACCUGUGGAGUGAGCUUUGGCUUUAUGCUGUGCAUAGUACUCACAUUUUGUUUCCAAUAUCUCUAAGAGAACUUCUCACUUUUGUUUUAUUGGAAUACUAAUGUUUUGGUCUACAAACCUUGUCAAGUGUCUCUCAUUGUGUUUGUUAUUGUAGUUGCAGUGUCACCCCAUGUUAGCUAGUGAUAAUAAUGCAUUACUUCCCUUACCCAGACCAACCUGGUGGCUUCAGGAGGUAACGAAUCAGAGAUCUACAUCCGGGACCUGAACAACUUUGGCUCCCCAAUGACACCAGGCCCUAAAACUCAGGUAAGACCCAUGACAUGGUUAAGAAAUAAAUACGUUUUGAAAUUGAACCUUCAGAGUAGGGUUGUCACGAUACCAGUAUCGCGAUACUCAGAGGUAUCGUGGCAAGGAAACAAAACAUGAAGCGGACUAAAUUUCCUGAGGAAAACAGUCCUAAUGUUGGAAACAAGCAGCCUGAGGUUGUCACCCAUUACAUUUACGUCAUUUAGCAGACACUCUUAUCCAGAGCGACUUACAGUAGUGAGUGCAUACAUCUUCAUAUUUGUUUGUACUUGUCCCCUGUGGGAAUCAAAUCGAACCCACAACCUUGGCGUUGCAAGUGCCAUGCUCUACCAACUGAGCAUGUUUCUUUUCCAAGCUACAGCACACAAUAUGUUACAUACAGUAGGUUUUUUAACCAAAGGGUUUAGUCUGCUUUGUGUUUUCCUUUUUUCCAUGGGAAAUCAGGUAUUGCGUAGUAUUGCGAUACUGGUAUCGUGACAACCCUACUUCAGAGUGCUACCCAGUUCAUUUUUUAUGGAUUAUCAAUGAGAAUUUAUGGAGUAGAGGAACGUUUGAGUGAGCAGGUUGUUUAUGUUAUUUCAGCCUCUGGAGGACGUCAGCUGUGUCGCGUGGAACAGACAGGUCAAACACAUCCUGGCUUCAGCCAGGCCCAGCGGCCGCGCCUCCAUCUGGAACCUCCGCAAGAACGACCUCAUUAUCAAAGUCGGCGACCACAGCAACAUGGUAGGUAACGUACGUCUGCUGUUUACGGCUCAAUUUGCCACUUAUGAACCCAGCAACAGGGUACGCAGCAACACACGUUUGUCUGUGUCUGUCUGCUGUUAAAGCCUCAGUCUGUAAUUUGUGACCACAGCAACAUGGUACCAAAGGGUUUAGUCUUGUGCAUGUCUGUAUCUUUCUGUCUGCUGUUAAAGGCUUAGUCUGUCACUUUCAUCUCCAGUUUAAAAGUGUUGUCCCUGGCUUGCAGCGUUCUGUAAACCGUGGGGGUGGGGGUGAAGAAUUCCCUGCUCCUUCAGUCAGAAGAUUGGCAAAUGUAACUGCCACUGAGUUGUUUUGAAUUCUGUGGUAAACCUCCCCAAAACGAAUAACAAUGGAAGGUACAGGUUGCGCCUUCAGUUGUUUUGGGAUGAUAAUUAUUGUGUAAUUUUCCUUUGACAGACAGAUUUGGCAACCGUAUAGGCCUGAGGCUUUUGACAUAAAAUGUUACUUAGUACAAACACGCCUGUGUGUGUGGGUGUGUUCAGAUGCACUGUUCUGGGCUGGAGUGGAACCCAGAGGUAGCUACUCAGCUGGUGCUGGCCUCGGAGGGUGACCGGAUGCCAGUGAUCCAGAUCUGGGACCUGCGUUUCGCCACCUCCCCUCUCAAAGUCCUGGAGAACCACACACGGUAAACUAUCACUUCAAAUUAAUCUGGUAUCCAGUCUUGAAAAAGUAACAUGUUAAAAGUUGAAACGCUGACUGACUGUACUUGGAAUAAUGGAGGCAAAAACAACCUGUUGGUAGUCAAACGUGUUGGGGCUAAACUCAGUAAGACACCUAGCAAUCUUGAAUUGAAUGAAUGAUUCCUUGCUUGCUAUAGAGAUCUCUGGGAGAUGGGGAUGCCUGCUCACAGUGGAGUGAUCAGAACUCAAUGAUCUGGUUUGAAGGCUAACAAAAUAAUGGCACACCCAAGACUUGUCAGAACUAAUGCAAUACAAGUGUUCAGUAGAUCGAAUGUAGUCGGAUUUAAAUGAUGCCAAUUAAAACCCUUGUGUGUUCAUCAGGGGUGUCCUGGCCAUCGCCUGGAGUCUGGCUGACCCUGAGCUGCUACUGAGCUGUGGGAAGGAUAACAGAAUCCUCUGCUGGAACCACAGAGGUCUCACACACCUGCAUAGAUCCAAUGACUCUGUGCUAUUCUUAGCAUGGUCCCUAUCUACAAAGUACAGUACACUGUUAAUAAGUUUCAUUACUGAGACAUACACGUACACAGCUUUAUUUAACCACAAAUUUAACCAUAAAUACAUUCCUGUCCUAUCUGUAGUUGCCUUCUGAUGUGAAUCUGUUGUUAAUCUCCAGGUGCUGUAUGAGUUGCCUACCAGUACCCAGUGGUGCUUUGACAUCCAGUGGUGUCUCAGGAACCCAGCGGUGCUGUCGGCUGCAGCCUUUGACGGACACAUCAGCAUUUACUCCAUCAUGGGGGGCAGCAGCCAGGCUGUCAGCCAGACACAGGCAGACACAGUGGGUACCAGUUUCACACAUUAACGCUGUUCAGGGUGGAAACUGGCCACCAUGUUGGUUAGGGUUACAGACACGGUUAGCACCGACUCAGAGAUGAACAUUUUGGAGACACUUGAUCAUUGUUCAUUUUGCUGCUCUUUGACCUGUCUCUGUUCCAGAUCAGCACAUCAUUUGGCAACAUGGAUCCGUUUGGAAUGGGCCAGACCCUGCCCCCGCUGCAGCUUCCCCAGGCAUCCCCCUACACAGCCACCCCCCUCAAAAAGCCCCCCAAGUGGAUCCGCAGGCCCGUGGGGGCCUCCUUCGCUGUGAGUCACUAUCUUCUCUGCCUUCAUUACUUUGCUAUGUUUGUCAAGUCGUAUGCAUGGAUGUAUGAUGUACAGUUACUGAGCAGCACAUUGUUUUCCUUUUGUGCUAUUAUCUGACCUCCUGGUGACCUUUACUGCAUGUUCCUUUCUCUCACCUCUAUAGAAAUUGAUAAGUUGAAAUCGUACUAAUAAGUUAUUCUCUUCCUAUUUCUCUCCCCCUCCAGUUUGGUGGUAAGCUGGUGUCGUUGGAGAACAUUAAGCCCAGCCCCCAGCAGCCUCAGCAGCCCACGGCCCAUGUGGUUCACGUGAGUCAGGUGAUCACCGAGACGGCCUUCCUGGAGCGCUCGGCCCAGCUGCAGGCCAUGCUGGCUGCAGGCAGCUUCACUGACUUCUGCCAGGAGAAGAUAGAUGCUGCCCAGAACGAGUUCGACAAGACCGUCUGGUCCUUCCUGAAGGUAGGGAUGGGAACUCGGACUUCACUUUUCCUUUAUUGUCUAGUGUUAAAACAGAAGUUUGUCUCUUGCUGUACUGCAAGGUAUUGCUGUGCUUUUACUUUACCAAUGUUCAAUUGUGUUCUCAGGUGAACUUUGAGAAUGACGCUCGUGGAAAAUACCUGGAGCUUUUGGGAUACAAGAAGGAGGAGCUAGCAGCAAAGGUGAGGUUGGAAAUGAACCGUCACUGAAUGUCCUCAGGCCUUGUCAGUCUGUCUGUCUGACCUGUCUGAUCCUAAUGCUGUUUGUCAGCCUGGUUUAACUCUGCUGUGGAUGUUGGUUGUUUGUUUACAGAUUGCAGCAUAAUAAAAUAAAAACCUAUUCAGCCUGAGGAGGUACCGUCUUUCUUUCCCGUGUGUGUGUGUGUGUGUGUGUGUGUGUGUGUGCGCACGAAACCUAUAAUUCAUUAUUUGUGACAACACGGUAAGCAACAUGGCAUCGGAAGCAACAAUUUGCUGAAAUGUAGAUAGUAAUGGUAAUCAAAUGCAAAUGUAUCUGCUCAUUCACUCUCCAUGUGUGUGAGUAGCUUUGGUGUCAUUGCUCAAACAGGGAAGUGGUAGGGGCAGUCAGAAACUGUCCAAGAUGACUCACUCUCUAGGUUUCACACUACAGUUGUUUAGGUGACUAGGAAAAGGAAGUCUUUCUUUUUCACGCGCUUGGCAGUUCAAGUUAGGACAACUGAAAAUUGUUGAAUCGCUUCCCUGACUUUUGUCAUAGAUCAUCAUUUAAUAUGAUUUGGUGAACUUCACAUCACAUAUUUCCAUUGUAACUUAUAUUUUUCAUCUGCAAGACGAUGCUAUUUUCUCAUCUGGUUCUUAAAGCUAAAGCAUAUUUUGUGAUUCUGACAUUGCUUAACCUGGGCUCAACGAUAACAGUACUAAUAUCUCAAUGGACACAAUCAAUUAACUUUCAUCAUUUAACAUGAAUGAACAUUGUUAGGUUUCUAACAUUAUUCUGAUGAUUAUUUAUCUACAACUCUCAAUCUAAUGGCUCUCUCUGCUGAACUCCAAAUCUGGCUCUCCUCUCCUGCUGUAUGAAUGUGUGCAGCCUUCCCCUGCUCCUUCCCCUACCUCUGAACCUGAGCCUGAGGUUGAACCUGAGCCAGAGGUAGUGCCUGAACCCAGUGCCGCUCCCCAGCUCAGUGCUGAAACCCCGGCUGAGGUCCUUCCUCCUGUGCCUGAGCCUGCUGUUAUCGAGCUCGCCCCCGAACCGCCGCUUGAACCUGCCCUCCAGCCUGAACCCCAACCUAAGCCAGAGCUUGCCCCCUCAAUCUGUGGUGACCUUUCACCUCCUUCUGAUCCUAUGCCUGUCCUCCAAUCUGAGCCUGUCCUUACUCUUGACCUCAGCGCUGAACCCCAGCUUCUCACUCCUGUUGCUCUCCUGCCAGAGUCUGACCCUACUUUGGCCCCCCCAGCUCUGGCUCCCACCACUGACCUGCAGCAAGUACCCGUGUUUGAUCCCGCUGCCUCCUUCACCCUCCAGCCUCCAACAGGGUUCAACUAAGUAGACGUACAUUGUGUGUCUGAGUUUGACCACUUUGGCCUAAUGCCUCAGGUACAGUCCCCGCUACAUCCUGUACCUGACCACACCAACCUGCUGCCAGUACCCGGCUUUGACCCAAUGCCAUCAUUCCCCACCCUGCAGCCUCUAGCCGACCCUGGACGACUCCUCUCCGCCGACCUCCCACCUGAAGACGCAUUUGACCUCAUCGCUGCUACAAAUCUCCAGCCAGCAGCGGAACU